AUUUUUCUUAAUUUAGCCAAGACAGUAAACUAUUAUAAUUUAGUUUUAAUCUUUUAGUUAUCUAUUACGAUUUAUUAUUGGUUGAACUUAAAAAUGGAUAAGGACUCUAAAGUUCCAGGCGAAUAUGAUGAAGAUAAUCGCAUCCAUAAAAUCCGACUUACCUUAGUGUCUAGAGAUCUGAAAUCAAUUGAAAAAGCUUGUCGUGAUAUAAUUACUGGUGCUAAGGAGAAGAAUUUAAGAGUUAUUGGACCAGUUAGGAUGCCCGUCAGAAAACUCAAACUAACGACCAGAAAAUCACCUUGCGGAGAAGGAACUAAUACAUGGGAUCGUUUUGAGAUGAGGAUUUACAAGCGUCUGAUUGAUCUUCAUUCUUCCAGUGCUGUUGUUAGGAAAAUUACUUCAAUUCCACUCGAUCCCGGUGUUGAAGUCGAAGUCUCCAUCUAA